AUGACUUUCUGGCCGAUCUUGAAGCAGAGCCACAUUUCCAAAUUUGUGUUGGAAACUUUUGACCAGAUGCUUCGACCUCGGCAACUCCUGUCCCUAGCAACCCACCUGGCGGCGAAGGGCAAGCCUGUCCAGCGCUCGGCUGUCGCAGCGACUGGAUUCCGCAAGGUGGCAUCGGCAAGCAUUGCUCGCCGAGCGCUCCAUACAUCGACGACUGCGCUGCCGAGCAGUCCGGAACUGGUCAAGCAGUUGUUGACACUCAUGAAGUCGGACAAAGACAUUCAGGAGUACCUGAAAGUGUACGGUACGCCUGGUCUUCGUCGCACGACGGUGAUCAAAAUCGGCGGUGAAGUGGUCGAUCGCGAGCUCGACGUGUUGGUGAAGUCGCUCAUCUUUCUCAAAGACGCGGGGUUGUUUCCGAUUGUCGUGCACGGCGCGGGUCCCCAGAUGAACGACGAGCUGGCCAAGGCCGGUGUCGAGCCCAAGUACGUCAAGGGCAACCGCGUCACAGACAAGGCGACCCUCGCCAUCGCGAAGCGCGUGUUCCUCGCGGCCAACCGCAAACUGGUCGACGCACUGGCGCAGGCUGGCGUCGGCGUGCGUCCAAUUACAAACGGGGUCUUCGAGGCGUCCAUCCGCGACCUCGACGUGUACGGGUACGUGGGGGAAGUGGACAAGAUCCACGGCGAGUCGGUCUACUCGGCCAUCGCGUCCAACCAGAUCCCGGUGCUGUCGUCGCUUGGCGAGUCCGUGGACGGCCAGCUGCUCAACAUCAACGCCGACAUUGCAGCUCGCGAACUGGCGAUUACACUGCAGCCGUACAAAACCAUCUUCAUUAACUCGAAGGGGGGCUGGAUUGAGGACGGCGUGAAAUUGCCCACGAUUGACAUGAGCACAGACUACGAACCGAUGGCGGCGCGCGACUACACGGGGCGACAAGGCACAUUGCUCAAGCUCAACGAGAUCAACUUGCUUCUGAAUGCGCUGCCUCGGUCGUCGUCCGUGGUGCUGACAUCCGCGUCAGCAUUGAGCCGCGAAAUCCUCAGCGAUUACAGCACCGGCACCGUGUGCACCCGCGGAGGAGGCGAUGGCACCCCCCAACCGCUGCACUUCAACUCAAACAAGUACAAAGUCGGGCUGCUUGGCGCCCGGGGCUACGUCGGCCGCGAGCUCAUUCGCGUGGUAGGGGGGCACUCAGACCUGGAGCUUGUCGUGGCCAGCUCCCGCGCCCUGGUAGGCCAAAAGGUGCUCGACAUUGCCCAGGCGCCGCCGCUCAACCCGCACACGAACGCCCCCGCGACGGUAUUGGCUAGCCAGCCUGCUAAGUUGGAAGGCAUCCACCCCGAGCUCGAGUUUUGCGCGUUGGAAGAUGGCGACUUGGCGUCGUCCGCCCUGGCCAAGGAAAUGGACGUGUGGGUGCUCGCCUUGCCAAAUGGUCAUUGCCAACGGUACGCGGUGGCGCUGGAGAGGCUGCUUCGCGGCAAGAAGAAGAAGGACCAAGUGAUCAUCGACUUGAGUGCCGACCAGCGGUUCAAUGACAACUGGGUGUACGGGUUGCCUGAAGUGCCCGGCAAGCGGCUUCUGCUGCACAACGCCAAGCGCAUCUCCAACCCUGGGUGUUAUGCCACGGGCGCGCAGCUAGGGAUCCUCCCCCUCCUCCCCUUCUUGGCCCCUUCCCACCCCCCCCAUGUGUUCGGCGUGUCGGGCUACAGCGGGGCCGGCACCGGCUUGUCCCCCAACAACGACCUAAACGUGCUGUCGGACAACUUGAUUGCGUACAAGAGCGUUGGGCACAUCCACGAGAACGAAGUGAGCCACCAGCUAGGCACGCAAGUGGCAUUCAUGCCGCACGUGGCGCCGUGGUUCCAGGGCAUCCACUUGACGCUGUCAAUGCAGCUGCAGGACAAGACCAUGACGAAAGAUCAGAUUGUGGCGCUGUACCAGUCGUUUUAUGCGACGGAACCCCAGGUGCACGUGAUCGACGACGUGCCACAGGUCAAGCAAAAUGCGUUGCACCACCACACGACCAUCGGCGGCAUCUCCGUCGACAACGUCCGCGGCCGCGUCGCGCUCGUCGUGACCAUCGACAACCUGCUCAAAGGCGCGGCGUCCCAAGCAAUCCAAAACAUCAACUUGUCGCUUGGGCUCGAAGAACUCCGGGGCCUCAUCGAGUAAAGCACGAGUAGCUAGUCCAAUGUUUCAUCGUCACGUCGUGCUUCCCGUUUGGCGCAUUGAUAUCCCACUUCACGUGGCUACAUUUAAGCGUUUCUGGUGUAUUAUACUCCCGGCAACAAUCAUAUCUUCGUCAAUACACUGUUGUAAGGGAAAUAAACAUCUAGGGAGGAGAAAGUCAGAUAAUGCAGUAACUAAAUCGCAGUCUAGACGGUCC